AUAGCAGUAGCCACAUCAACAUUCACAACGACAACAUUUUAAAUUAUUAUCACCACAUCCACAACUACCAUUUCCAAGUAAACAGAGCACCAUACGACGAUACCUACGACUUUGUUGCUCGUCUUGUCGAUGAGUUUGAUUCAUCAAUCACGCAAUCUCGACAUACGCGAUCUCAAAUGCAAACUCAUCAACAACAGCAUAAUCAACCACAACAACAAAAACGAUUUCAGCAACAACAACAAACGCAACAGUACUCAAUAUCCGACCUUGCCAAGCGACUAAAUAUCGACUUAUCCUCAAUGUCUUUCACAACAAAAUUAACCGAAACUACCGAUUUGCUUGACAAAAUUACCGAUUCAAUCGAUCCAACACAUCAACUGAAUAGAACUGACCAGGGGUUAAUACAGGCGUAUAAAAACUUAAAAGACAACCUCAUGCAUGUCCGUUCCUUUUGUCACGAGAAUAAUGAACUAAUCAGGCAAAACAUCGCCGAGAUAGACCUGAGCUUCGAAAACUUGGUGGAUACCUCUUUAAACUUUCAAGAAUGUUUGUCAGAUGUCACUUCUAAAGAAUGGACCGAACUAUUGUCGCAAUUAGGCGGCUUGAUGGCAUUCUUCACGGGCGCCAGUGUCAUCACCAUCCUCCAAAUCAUCAUGGCCAUUUUCAAAUCAUCACUAAUCUGCCUAAAACAACGAUGUUGCAGUGACAACAACAACAAAUCCACCAAAAAUGACGUCAUCAUCGCCGGCGGCAAAAAGAAAAAUGGCUGCCGGAAAUGCAGCAAUCAUCAUCAGCUCCUUUUCCGGUCUUCAUUUGACGCCGUUGAGGACAGUUUGUUGGCCUCGACGAUCACUAAUAACAAUAACAACAACGAAAACAACAAUAAUAAUAAUAAUACCAAUAGCAACAAUGAUGGAUAUUCUAAAAAUAACUUGCUACGUCAACAACAACAAUUGUCACAACACUCGAUGUUGUUGGGUCAGCCGCAGGGUUACUCAACGUUGCCAACACCAACAACAAAUCUCAACAAUUUCGUCAACAACUUCAAAACACAACAGCAACUACCAAUUAUUAACAGUUGCGGUCCGAGGAUAAAAAUAGAUUGCAUAUCCGACUGCAACCCAACCGUCACAACAUCAACCACGCAACAAACACAACAAAAACAUUUGCAACAAAAUUGUAGCAAAAAAAUUAUAUACAACAGAUUUCAUAAACAAGCUGAAACUGAUAUUUAAAAACAAACACAUACAUAAUAUAUACAUAUAUCCAAGUGAUGCAUAGAAACUUCAAUUUAACCCUUCAAACAAUUCAUUAUAUAGUUAAAUCAACGUUAUCAUUAUAUUUUAUUGAUAUUGUUAUUAGCAUUCUUAUUAUCAUUACCAUUACAAGUAUAUUGAUACUAUUGUUGUUAAAUAAAAUUAUUAUUAUUAUUAUAACUAUUAUACGCAUUGUUCCAACUGUUAUGCAUUCUUGUCACCAUUGGUGUUUCCAAUUAAAAGUACCCUGGUUA